CUCCUAAAUCCCGAAUUGUGAAAUUAGGGUUUCUGGCAUAGUGCAAAAGUAAGAGGUUGAAGAAGCUCCAUUGCACUUCUAUCUUCGCCGUCGUUGCCGCCAUGGGUCGUAUGCACAGCCGUGGGAAGGGUAUUUCUGCCUCAGCGCUGCCUUACAAGAGAACUCUACCAAGUUGGCUGAAGAUUUCUUCACAAGAUGUAGGAGAGAACAUUUGCAAAUUCGCGAAGAAGGGUCUUACACCGUCACAAAUUGGCGUUAUUCUUCGUGAUUCCCAUGGUAUAGCGCAGGUCAAGAGCGUUACAGGAAGCAAGAUUUUGCGUAUUCUCAAGGCUCACGGUCUUGCUCCUGAAAUUCCCGAGGAUUUAUACCACCUUAUUAAGAAGGCAGUGUCAAUUAGGAAGCAUUUGGAAAGGAACAGGAAGGAUAAGGACUCCAAAUUUCGUUUGAUUCUUGUUGAGAGUAGAAUUCACAGGCUUGCUCGUUACUACAAGAAAACAAAGAAGCUUCCUCCCGUCUGGAAAUACGAGUCUACCACAGCCAGCACCCUCGUGGCUUAGAUGGGCCUGUGGGGAUUGGAUUUAUUCUGAAUCAGCGGCUGAUUGCUUCGUGAUUUGAGAUGAAAAGAUUUUGUUUAUUUUAAUUGGGGCCUUUAGGUGUUUACUUCCCUCUCUUUGUAAUGGAAAAACUUGAAAUGUUAUCUAAUGAUUGCCUAGUUCAUGGUUCAUUUCUCCAUGUUAUGUGAAAUUUUAUCCAAUUCAUUUUAUAAUUAUCCGCAUCUAUUUUCGUUCA